AUGAAUCUCUUCCACCACACCCUCGGCGGCGAUUGGGCGGAGAGCCGCCGACCUCCCGCAGCCGCCGACCUCCCAAAACCCUACAAAACCCUAACCGAAACCGACAUAAAAAACCUCCAAGAAAGCGACAUCUCCACCGUCUCCGCCGCCCUCUCCGUCCCCAGAGGCCUCGCCUGCUCCCUCCUCCUCACCAACAGGUGGGACCUCCACUCCGCCUGCGACAAAUGGCUCUCCGCCGCUGUCAAUCUGCCGCAGCAAGGAUCGGCGACGUCGAAACGCGUGAUCUGCAACAUCUGCUUCGAUAAAUUUCCACCCUCUAAAAUGGCCUCCGCCGGCUGCGGCCAUCUCUUCUGCUUAAAAUGCUGGAAUAGCUAUAUUGGUAAUGCGAUCAAUGAUGGUGCCGCCAGCUUGAUGCUCCGCUGCCCGGAGUCUGGCUGCGGAGCAGCUGUGACGUUUGAAAUGGUUGAGAGAUUCGCGCCGGGACCGAAAAUUAGAAAAUACCGCCGCCUUCUCCGGCAAUCCUACGUGGAAUUGAAUCCGAAUCGAAAGUGGUGCCCGGCCCCGGGAUGCAACCUAGCAAUCGAGUACGAAUUCGACGGGAGCACGAGCUACGACGUCAUCUGCGCCUGCUCGCACACCUUCUGCUUCUUCUGCGCGGCCGAGAGCCACCGCCCCGUGUCGUGCAAGGUGGCGGCGGCGUGGCUGGCGACGAACAAAUCCGAGGCGAAGAGCUCCAAGUGGAUCGUCUCCAACACGAAGCCGUGCCCCAAAUGCCUCCGCCCAAUCCAGAAAGACUACGGCUGCAACCACAUGAUCUGCACAGCUCCCUGCGGGUUCCACUUCUGCUGGAAUUGCCUCUCACCAAUGGGUAGUAACCACGUCCUCACCUGCGCUGAUGAGAAGCGGAAGAUGAAGAUGCCGACGAGCGACGCGGCAAGAUACACCCACCACCGCGAGAGGUGGGAGUUUUACGAGAAUUCGGGGAAGGCGGCGUUGGGGGAUUUGGAGCGGGCGAGGCGGUGGCGCGGGGGCAGGAGAAUGGGGUUUGUGGCGGCGGCGUGGGAGCAGAUUGUGGCGUGCCUCCGCGUGCUCAAGUGGAGCUGCGCGUUUGGGUAUCACGUGGCGGAGGCGGGGCUGUUGGAGUAUUUGCAGGGGGAGGCGGAGGCGGCGGUGGAGAGGCUGAAGAGGUGCGUGGAGGAGGGGAUGGGAGAUAAAGGGGUUUAUGUUGAUGAGGGGAAGCUUAGGGGGUUUGAGGUGAGGAUUUUGGAUCUAACACGUGUUACGAGGAGGUGUUUUGAUACUUUGGUUUCGGCGUCAGAGAAUUGGUUGACUGAAGUUGGGGGCUCGAAGAGGAGCAAGCCUCAGAGAAUCUCUGUGACAAGGCCCGGGUACGAGAGCUCGAAGGGGAAUAUUGGGAGCUCGAAGACGAGCAAGCCUCAAAGAAGCUCUGAGACAAGGCCAGGGUACAAGAACUCGAAUAGGCUUAUGUACUUCUUCUCUACCUCCGACUCAGACUCAGACUCUUUACCCUUUGACUCGGGCUCAGAGUAA